AUGCGGUAUCCAUGGUUCCUCCUCGUCAUCUUGGUCUGUGUCGUAUCCCAGACACAGGCCAAUCUUCUCCAAUACGUCAAUGAGAUUCCCAAGUGUGGUGUCACCUGUAUUCUGAAGGCUGUGCCUCAGUCAGAAUGCGGCAGCAUCACCAACGAGACGUGCGUGUGUACAAGCGCCAGCCUCCACGCCUCCGUCACCGAAUGCGUGCUCUCCGCCUGCACAGUACCCGAGGCCCUCAAGCUUCAGAAAGUGCAAAGCGACGCCUGCGGCAUAGAACCUCGCGAUCGCACUCCGUUGAUGACUGGUCUCAUCGGCAUUGAGGCGUUCACUCUGCUGUGCUUGAUAGUGCGCCUAUACGCGAGGUGGUCAAUAUUCAAGAAGUUCGAGACCGACGACUAUGUCAUGAUGGCCACACUGUAUUUCUGGAUUGCGUUCACGGUUCUGGGCGAGUACACCCGGAUCACAGCUUUUGGUCGAGACAUCUGGGAAGUUGACCCACAGAAGGUCACAACCGCGUUGAUGCUCUUCUAUGUUGAUGAAGGCCUCUACCUAUUGCUUCUCGCACUCACCAAAAUCUCGGUUCUCGGCUUCUACCUCCGCGUCUUCCCCAGCCGUGGGUUCCGCAACAUCGUCUUCAUUACCAUGGGCCUCAUCAUCGCGACCAGUUUCGCCUUCAUUGUGGCACAGAUCUUCCAGUGCUGGCCGAUAGAGUCUAUAUGGCUGGCAUGGCAGGGAGAUUAUGGCCCGAAACAGUGUGUCGACAUCCAAGCCAUGGCGUUUGCCAGUGCUGGGCUGAACAUUGCCCUUGACCUUAUCGUCAUGGCACUGCCGUUUCCUUACCUGUUCCAGCUGCAGACCAAUCCGCGGAAAAAGGCCGGCAUUCUCGUCAUGUUCAGCCUGGGUAUUCUGGUCGUUGUCAUCAGCUGUCUUAGGCUCCCGCACCUUCAUUUGUUCACGACGACGAGUAACCCCACGUGGGACUUUACAGACGCGCUCAUCUGGACAGCAAUGGAGGUCCACGUGUCUAUCAUCAUCGCUUGUUUGCCAGCUAUCCGGCAGUUCCUCAGCAGAUACCUGCCCAAGGUCUUUGGCGGAUCAUCAGCCGACUCGGCUGGGGAACGAUCAAAAACGGCGAAAGGAAGUCGCUAUGGGCAGUCGAGCAGGACAGACGGGUCAAGCACGCGAAAGAGGCCCUGGCAGUCGGAUUCCAACUCUCGAAGCAUUGUCCCGGGAGCCGACAACGAAAGCCAGAUUGAACUCGGAACGACCAUCAAGGGUCAUUCCGAAGCUCAGGUACAUGCUGUAACGGCAUAUCCGUUCAAUGACGGAUCGUCGUUGAGCGAUGACGGCGGGCGGCAGAUACAUGUCACCAGGACCGUCAAGGUUACGGACGACCCUUGGCGUCAGUCAAAGCAGCAAUGGAGAUAGCCACGAGCUGGCAGUAUGGAGGGUAGACUAUCGGACACCUGCGAUGCUGUAUCCGGAAUCCCUGGUGGAUCACCCCGGGAUACCUUGCAACAUGACCCCUGUGUACGUGCCUCUCCGCGAGAGCGCAGUUACUCCCUCAAGCGACGGGUGGAACGACAGGACCUUCUGCAGAUUAAACAUAAACCUAAAGAAUAAUAAACACUUAGAAAUAUC